CACAUGGCUUACCUUCAUGACUAAGCCUCGUGGGCGGGGUAAAACAUUUUGGGGGGGAGGGCGUGGACUAAAUGGAGUCAGGCUGAGGCUGCUAUCAUCUCCCACAUGGAAGAAAAAAAUGUAUUUUUCUUCGUCACGUGGCUUACCUCCAUGACUAAGCCUCGUGGGCAGGGUGAAACAUUUUGGGGGGGGGUGUGGACUAAAGGGAGUCAGGCUGAGGCUGCUAUCACCUCCCAAAUGGAAGAAAAAUGUAUUUUUCUUAGUCACGUGGCUUACCUCCAUGACUAAGCCCGUGGGCAGAUGGGUGAAGUCUUUCACGGGAGUGUUGACUGUAAAAUGGAGUGUUGUCUGUCUCUGAGGCUGCUAUCACCUCCCACAU